UACUCAUUCAACUGACACGGUAGCUUUACCAUCACCACUGAUUCACUACCAUUUCAAAAUUCAACAUUUGCAGAUUUUCAUUUUUCAACCCAAUUUCAAGAUUUAACGCACCCCAUUUCGUGAAGAGAGCAAUACAGCUAUGCGGGGAUUGUUAGCAUCAUCCCCACCAUCAUAUACAUCAUCGUCAUCAUUAUCUCUAUUUUCUUGGAGCCAUUUUUCAUGGAGCUCCAAGGUAGUUGUUUCUGUAAUUCCUCCUGCCUCGGGAGCCGUGAGAAUGAAACCCAGACUCAUUUUGAGGUGUAAUAGCAGCAGCAGCUCUGGACCUGGUGGCCCUUCUUCUCCUGGUGAAAAUGAGAAUAAGACUGUUUUAGAUGCAUUUUUUCUGGGAAAGGCUCUGGCAGAAACACUUAAUGAGCGUAUCGAGUCAACUGUGGGGGAGAUUUUAAGCACAAUUGGUAGGUUACAAGCCGAGCAACAAAAGCAGGUUGAGGACUUCCAGGAAGAGGUUUUGGAAAGAGCUAAAAGAUCCAAAGAUAAAGCAGCAAAAGAAGCCCUGGAAGUUCAAGGGCUCAUCCCCAAAUCAUCUGCCAUUGAAGCAUCUACAAUUGAUUCAACUGUGCCUUCUGUUAAUGAGACCCAGAGUAUAGUAAUCACUGAUGAGGAUCCGAAACCCACAAGUACACCUACUCCGGAUGUACCAAACGACAGUUAAAUCUUAAAUAUACUACCUGAUUAUCCAUUUUAUUGGUGUAGCAAAAUUCUUUAUUAUAUAUAAGCAAAAUUUUCAAUAGAACACUAUAUAGUUGCAUUCAGAACUAUCAAAAGAAUAAAUCAUGUUACAGUUGCC